UCCAUCCUCCCUGACACCGCCGGGGAGAGGCCACCUGAACCGCUUCAGCAUUUCCGUCUGGGAUUUCCCGCGGGGAGUGAUGAACUCCAUCGACCCUCAGUCCCAGCACCAGCACCAGCACCAGCACCACACCUCCCCUACCGUCGGCUCCCUCCCACCCAAAGGCGCCCAGGAGGCCCCGGACAUGGCCGCUGUGUACUGCGAUAACUUCAGCAGCAUGUACCACCAGCAGAGCCUGCAGGGCGCGCAGAGACCCGCCGGGUACGGCCUCGGAGAUUACGCAUCGUCUCCAAACCCGUACCUGUGGCUCAACGGGCCGGGCGUCAACUCGUCCGCAUCUUACCUGCACGGCAACAACCCGGCGUCCUUCAUCCCGCCCUCCUACGGCUCCCAGCGGCAGUUCAUCACCAACUCACCUGGCUUCGGAGGGCCCGACCUGGGCUGGCUGUCCAUCGCCAGCCAGGAGGAGCUGCUGAAGCUGGUGCGGCCGCCCUACUCCUACUCUGCGCUCAUCGCCAUGGCCAUCCAGAACGCGCACGAGAAGAAGCUGACCCUGAGCCAGAUCUACCAGUACGUCGCAGACAACUUCCCCUUCUACAAGAAGAGCAAAGCCGGCUGGCAGAACUCCAUCCGGCACAACUUGUCUCUCAACGACUGCUUCAAGAAGGUGCCGAGAGACGAAGACGAUCCAGGAAAAGGAAAUUACUGGACGUUGGACCCAAACUGUGAGAAGAUGUUUGACAACGGAAAUUUCCGCAGGAAAAGGAAACGACGUUCAGACCCGAGCAGCGCAGGAGGAGCAGCGGCGGCGGCAGCAGGGGCCACCAAAGUGGAGGACGGCAGGCCGGUGGUGGCGGCCACGUUGAAGCCCUCAGACAGCCCUCAGCUCCUGGGGCCGCCCUCGCCAGAGAUGGAGGCGAUGAACGAGAACCACAAGAGCUCUUCCUCGUCCUCGCCGCCCGGACUGGCCUCGGCCGCUCCUUGUUUUAAUAACUUUUACAGCAGCAUGUCGACGCUCAGCUCGGGGGCCCCCAGCCGGCAGGGGUCCCUGGGACUGGUGAACGAGCUGUCGAACAGGAACAUUACGGCCCUGAGCCCGUACCACCUCAACCACGGCGGGCAGGACUCGGGGGCGUCAGAGCACGGCGAGGGCUUGCAUUUCAACCGUGGAGUGUACUACAACACGUUUGGCGGCGGGCAGAGCGGACAGUUCAACAGUCACUUCUACAACAGCUUCAGCGUCAACAGCUUGAUUUACCCCCGAGAAGGGACCGAGCUAUAGGGGCCACGCUGCCGUAGGGACCCGCACACACUUUCCUCACACACAUGCGUCUCAGCACAGGUCAGAGGUCAGGCUGGGGAGCAGCUUCUCUGCAUCAUCAACACGGCGCUCCCUUGACGCAGCAGAUCACGGAGAGAUUAGAGAGCAUGUUAGGUCGACACACUGUGGGAACACCAGCCGCAGCGUCAAACACAAAAUGAGCACUUAUAUUUUUAUUCUUUUUUUAAUCUCUAUAUGGAAGCUCCUGCUUUGCUCUCAGAGCUGAAAUGUAAAACGACCACUCAACACUCGUUGUUUUAUUUGUCCUAAAGGAAGUUAGUCUUGUGCAUAAAGGCUGACACAUGAAACACACACUGAGCAAAACCAGACGUAAAUUACAGACGAGUAUCUGCAGCACUGCCCCUCAUUUACACACUCCUUAUUCCUGAGGUUAGGACAGUCACUGAGUUAAUGUACCUGUCCAGGUGCCUCCUCUUGUAUUUAAUACAGAUCCUGCACCUGAUGGCAGCCGUUUGUUUUCUGUCCAUAAACAUCUGUUUUACAAUAUUUGGCAGUUUGAAGAGAAAGUUUCUCUGUUCUUAUAACUCUAAUAAUCAAAGACACUCUGUCAUGUUUAAGAUGUAAAUGUACGUUUGAUAUUUUUUGCCAAAUCUUUCCCAUAUUUCUUUUUACCAGAGCGGCCAAAUUCUUCCAGUUGACAUAUGUUUAAUAUUUUAUUCAUAAUCAACUUUAAAUCUGCCAAAGUUGCCUUUGUGAGACCGCCAUUACCUCAAAACUACAAUCCCACCAGACGAGAUGAGACGAGAUGAGAUGAGAUGAGACGAGAUGAGAUGAGAUGAGAUGAGAUGAGAUGAGAUGAGAUGAGACGAGAUGAGAUGAGAUGAGAUGAGAUGAGAUGAGAUGAGAUGACGCGCCCUGCUGUGAAGGGUUUACGUGUCGAUAUUUUCCAGAUGCAGUAACGAUUGAUUGAUUAUAAAUAUAAUAAUCAGAGACGGGGCUCGCCUUAUUUUUCUACCCUCCACGUUGACUGAACCCACAGCACUAAGGCUAAAGCUGUAAAUACAUGUGGACUUUAUAAAUGUGUAUUUUUGUAAAUUAUAAAAAUAGUUUGUGACUAUUUAUGCUAUUUAUGCUCAUAGGCAUUGUUUUGUUUUUCUACUGUUGUCUAGUUUGAUUAAAGCAGAUGUGAAUGACUUUAGUUACGCCGAGAACAGUAUCACUAAAACCCAGAUGUCAUAAAUCUAUAUGAAUAUAUUAAAGUCUAUAUGCUAUAUCAUGGUUUCUCUCAGGAUUCAGUGUGACAAUCAUUGAACAGCUUUUGUAUCUAUUGUUGUCUUUUUUUAAUCUUUCUACAGUGCGUUCAGCUUCAGGCAGUUUCUGCUGUGACUGUUAAUAAAUCAUGUGGGCUCCACUCUAUUGUCAUGCAUCAUUUUCAAACAGGCCACCAGUGUUUGCAGGGCGUCAUUAUCAUGUGAAUGCAUACAGCCACAAAUGUCUUUUAAUCUCAUAUUCAAUUACUUCUACUCCAUUUCAGCUCAAUGCAGCCUCAAAGCAUCUGAGAGAAAACAACUCGACCCUGCAGGAGUUAGUUUGGUUGCUCGCUCA